AUGGCACCAACAACUAAGCGGAAAACCAAGUUUUCUCUGCUGGACUUGCGAGCUGAAGUUUCCGUCCUUCAGGAGCGACUUGGUUCCGGCUCUCGGGUGCUGAAUGUUUACAACCUAGGCCGCAAGACGUACCUGUUAAAGUUAUCAGUGCCGCCGUUAAACGCUUCAGGUCGGAUACCAGCGACUGAGACUGAAGAAGCAUGGGCAACUGGUGAUAGCAGCUGGCGCAGGGAGUACCUGUUGAUCGAGUCUGGUGUUCGCCUGCACACCACGAGGUUCACGCGUCAAGCCGCUGCUGCUGGUACGGCAGCAGCGUCGCUCGUGAGCCGCCAAAAAAUUGGUACAGAUGAGACUCUGGACAACUCCAUCGCUACGGACCUCGCCCACAUGGACUUGGAUGAACGGGACCGGGAACUGCAGCUCGUACUCCAGCGACACCGAGCACUUGCAGAGCACGAGCAGCGAGCACAGUCUGGAACGGGUGCAAACGCAGAACUUCCAUCUGGUUUCACGCUCAAGCUGCGAAAGCAUCUGCGAACACGGCGCCUAGCUGAAGUUACCCAACUCGGUAUCGAUCGCGUCGUAGACUUUCGGUUCGUGGGUGGGUCCCAAUCCGCCUCUGCCUACAAGGCCAGCGCGAACGGGCAGCCUUCGCGGGCUGCGCUCGAGAACCACCUCAUCGUUGAGCUGCACUCGGGCGGCAACAUUAUCCUCACUGACGGAGACUAUCAGAUUCUGGCUGUGCUCCGCGUCUUCCGAGCGGAACCAAGGCCGCUUGCAGAUUCCGCAGAUCAGCGGGAUCCUCCGGCAACGGGACCCGGAUCCCGGCGCAUGCAACAACAAGACGCUGUCGUUGGUGCGCGCUACGACAUCAGUCUAGCACGACAGUUUGCACCUUUGACGUACGAUCGUCUACACGAGAUUUUUCAAGAGUGUUACCAAAAGCGUCAGCGAAGCGGCGGAGACCAGCUUCGCGACCUCCAACGCAAUCUCGGGCGAGCGCUAGGCUGGGGUCCUGAACUCAUUGAACACGUGCUGCUCGAGGUAGGUGCACCAUCGCCUGAUCCGCUGCCAGAAUACGAGCAACGACUCUAUCGCGUGCUCUGUGAGGCGGCAGCAUUUCUAUCAGAGUCGCCUCGAGAGGGAUAUAUAUUGCUGCGUCCAGUAGCAGAGGGAGCGUCCCAGGCCUCUGGUGCUGACUCCGAGGAUGUUUCAGAUCGCUAUUGCGAGUUCACGCCUCGUUUACUACGUCAGCACCAGCAUCUGGAGCCACGAAUGUUUCCGUCCUUCGACGAAGCGGUAGAUGAAUAUUUUGCUCGAAUGGAAGAACUACGGUAUCGACAGGAAAUUGAGAAUCGACAACGGCAGGCACAGGGAACACUGGAGCGCAUGCGCCGUGAGCUCGAAACGCGAGUGCUUACGCUAAAACAGCAGGAAGAGCGCUGUCUGCGAAAGGCUGCACUCAUUGAGACGAAUUUGGUGGAUGUCGACAACGCGCUGCAGGUCAUAAGAGCAGCACUAGCGUCUGGUAUCGACUGGAAGGAAUUGGACCAAAUGCUGGUACUAGAGCGUCGUCGAGGGAACCCCGUCGCGCAGCUCAUUCAUUCGCUGCAGCUGCAAGAGAACCAGAUGACGCUGAUGCUUGCAGAUGAUAGCGGCAGCGUGGACAACACCGAUGCGGAGACGGGGAGCUCAUCACGGCAGCGGCGUCCUGCCGAGACGCGAGACCUCUCGAACGAGGACUCAGCGAGCUCUGUAGAGAGCGCAAGCGAGGACGAGUCGGGCGACAGUACGUCCGUGUGCUCCUCCAGAGUGGAGCUCGUCCAAGUGGACCUGAGCCUAAGUGCCUUUGCUAAUGCUCGACGUUAUUAUGAACAGCGAAAGAAAGCAGCGGAGAAGGGCACCAAAACGAUGGAAGCGAGCGCUCAAGCGCUUCGGGCUGCCGAGAAGAAAGCGCUGGAAGUGCUCGCCGGCACUGCCUCGAAAAACAAGCGAAAGAAAGCAACACCCCUGAAUACGUUGAAAGCAAUACGGAAACCGCUAUGGUUCGAGAAAUUUCGCUAUUUCAUCACUUCAGAGAACUAUCUCGUGAUUGCCGGGAAAGACAGUCAACAGAAUGAACAGCUCGUGCGUCGAUACCUUGAGGAGAACACCGGUGACCUCUACAUGCAUGCGGACGUUCACGGGGCAGCAAGUGUCAUUAUCAAAGGCAAAAAGAAUCGUCCGGCGCCCCCGCUAUCGAUCCAAGAAGCAGCUAUCUUUGCGGCCGCCUGUAGUUCCGCAUGGGACGCCAAAGUCGCUGUCAAUGCCUAUUGGGUAUAUCCGGAACAAGUUAGCCGCACUGCUCCCAGCGGUAUGUAUCUGCAGCAGGGUAGUUUUGUGAUUCGCGGAUCCCGGAACUACGUACCGGUGACGACGUCUGGAUCUGGCCCGUUGGUCAUGGGGUUUGGGUUCCUCUUUCGACUGGCUCCGGAGUCUGUGUGGCGUCAUAUUGGGGAGCGCCCUGUACGCAGCGGCCCAGACUCGCUGCAAGAGGCGCAAGCUGCUGGAGCGCCUCAAAAACAACAACAGCAAGUCGAGGGUGCUGGCGAGCGAAUCCUCGAGAUCGAGUCGGACACACUGAAUGCGACUCUAGGUGAAGAUGCGCACAUCACAAACGUGAACGGAGCAAGUCGAGCUGGUCAACAUUCCGCUGCAGAUACCAUUACCACCGAAGCGCGAAGUCCUCUUGGUCAUGAUGGCGGUAUGCAGGCCACCAAGGCCGCAAUUGGUGUCAGGAGCCACUCAGAGGCCAACGGAGCAUGUGUUGAUGCGGGCUCAGGUCUUCCAGAUGUAUCUCCUGAUCGGCCGCAAGAUACCCAUGACAACGUUACGCUUCCGAUCGCUAGUGAUACUACAACGAGAACGGAUACGCGUAAUGGAAACAGCCCAGGGACGAUACCGGGCUCGCAUGCUCGCACCACGCUCCAACUACCGUCGUCAUCGUCGGAAACGGAUCCUAGCAACCAGAGCGUUCACUCUACGCACGCUCCAAAGCAAGUGGGUGUCGCUGAGACGCUUACUACCGGUAUCCGCAGUGACGCUGCUGCCAAAGCACCAGGUGAGAUAUCGCUGCAGCGCUCCGUGCAGGCUACAGAGGCGCGCUCCGCUGCAGCCUCUGGUGCCGAGGCAUCCCGAGCGAAACCUGUUCGCGGCAAAAAGUCCAAACUUCGAAAGCUUCGGCUCAAGUAUUCCGAUCAAACUGAGGAAGAGCGUGAGGCAGCGCUCAGGUUACUCGGCACUACCCGAAUGCGUAUUAUGGAAGCACGUGAUCGUGAGGGAGCGGCCACUGAGGCGCCUGCAUCGAGCAGCGUGAAACAAGCCGCGGGCGUUGACCAGGGUACCAACACGACUGUACAGCGAAAUGUGAACGCUGAAGAAGCGCCUGCAUCGAGCAGCGUGAAACAAGCUGCGGGCGUUGACCAGGGUACCAUCGCCUCUGCUCAGGGACAGACAAGUGCUCAACGGAACGGUACGUCGGCAGCGCCCGCAACACAUGCACAGGGGCACGCUUCGACUGGCAGUGCGGCUUCCGAGUUGCCCCUAGAGACGCAUCGCGCUGCACGGGAAGAGACGCACUUUCAGUGGCAAAAAAUAGACCAGGUGGAAGUGUCCAAGAUUUUGCAAAGUGCGUCUGCCGCAUUGGCGGAACACUUGAGCGAAGCGGAGCUCGCGAAUCUCAGUGAGCUGGACCUGUUUACCGGGUGCCCGCACCCGGACGACGUGUUAGAGUACGCGUUACCUGUCUGUGCCCCGUAUCAGACGCUUGCCAAGUACAAAUACAAGGUCAAGUUGGUUCCGGGAACCUUGAAGAAAGGCAAAGCGCUCAAGCAAGUGCUUGGGGUCGUCCAGAGCCAAGAACGCUCAGGUGCGCGUACCACAAAUGCUGCGAAUGCCGGGGCAGACGCUUCGGAGGUGGCCCAAGGAGCAGCUGCAACUGCGAGAGAGCUUGAACUUAUUCAGGCGGUGGAUGAGACUGUGCUCGUGCAGCAAAUGUUGGGAAAUGUCCGUGUGCUUGCUCCUGGUCUCCAGGAGAGUCAACGCAAGAAACGAACGCAGAAGAAAAGCCGCGGGUAA